GCGCACGGGCCAUUUUCACUCGACCACUGUCCGUCAUGCACAAGACGCGACGCGCAGCCCAAUCGACGAACUCAUAAAUGCUGAUUUCUGUGACCGCGAUACACAACCAGACGGGAUUUGGAUCUCUAUGUUUUUAGCUCCCUUCUCGUCGGCAGGUUCUCGCUAUUCCAGGCCCCAGAUAUCUAGGAUUACAACACGGCCCGCCACUACCCCGCCCUCACUUGGCUGAACAACAUCCUGUGCCCAAGGUGUUUACGCUCUUCGACAUAAAGUGUGACUACGCUGAGGAUUGAGGAUUGGGCUUUCAGGUUGUGGGAAGAGCGCAAGUGAUAAACGAGACAGCGGCAAAAUGUCAACCCGCAACAUCGGCGGCUCGCAGGUGCGACAGAGUAUGGCUACGAGCGGCAACGCCGUGAAAUCGAGGCAGCUAUCUCAGCUCAACUCACAGCUCGCCCAGCUAUCCGCCAACCUCUCCGACACUGAGCACCUACUUCGCAUGACAAGCGUGCAAGCAGAGGCGAUGCGGGGUCUAGGGAGCUGGCAUGGAGGAUUGUUCAUGGCAGCGAGUAAGGUGCUUGGAGAGGAGAGUGUCAAGGAAGCGGGACAGUCAGGGAAGUAGACGGCAUUACGGGUGUCAAGGAUUGCUGUGAAGAAUAUCUGAUGAUGGCAGAGUGGGUUUCACGAGGGGAAGUGUUCUUAUGGCAGGGUAUUCGUUUGUACAUAUGUAUUUGAUGAGCUAUGAAGAACCGUCGGUCGUUGCCCGCGGGUUCAUGAUACAAAUAUUC